UAUUCAAACUGUGAAUGUACGGACUGUCGAAUGGUGGAAGAACGGCGUAAAUUGAAUAAUCUGUUAAGCAGUCGACGAUUAGAUCCAAAUCAUACGGCAUCACGUCCGUCAAACGGUAAAAAGAUACGUGAUCCAAAAUGUGCCCGAUGUUCAGCACAUGGAAAUAAGCAACCUUUACGUGGUCAUAAGAAAGCUCAAUGUCCAUACAUCGAUUGUCCUUGUCACCUGUGUAAGCUGGUGGAACAUCGUAGAGUUUUAAUGGCACGACAAAUAAAGUUACGAAGGGAUCAACAAAAACAACGACGGGCACAAACGGAACAAAAGAAGAAGAAAAGUGACGUAAAAAAACGUUAG